CUCCCCGGCUCCCCUUUCUUUCCUUGUCGCCACGCCAGGGCCGUCGGAGGCAGGCAGGCAGGCAUCGAACCGAAGGAGGCGUCGUACGGAGGGUGGGCGCCAGGCAUCGACCACCACGGUCGCUAACACGCGAUCUACUUACUAAUCGAUGGCGGCAGACGCCAAGCCGCGGCUCAACGUGCCGCCGUCCAUGGCGGGUGUGCUCCGCCUCGAACCCGUGGCGUCGCCGUCCCCCUCGCGCCGCCUCGCCGAGACCCCCAAGACGCCCUCCCCCUCCAAGACCACAUACAGCGAUCGAUUCAUCCCCUGCCGAUCCUCCUCCCGCCUCCACAACUUCGCCCUCCUCGACACCCACACCUCACCAGCCUCCAAGGAGGACACCCCCUACUCCCGCCUCCUCCGCGCCGAGCUCUUCGGCCCCGACUCCCCUGGACCCGCCCCCGCAUCGCCCAACACAAACCUCUUCCGCUUCAAGAAAGACCACUCCCCCUUCGCCGCCGCCGCCGCCGCCGCACAGCAGGACUGCACAGCGGGAUCCGGAGAGACGGCCUCGCCACAGAAGCCACCCAGGAAGGUUCCCAAGACGCCGCACAAGGUGUUGGACGCGCCGUCCCUGCAGGACGACUUCUACCUCAACCUCGUCGACUGGUCGUCGCAGAACAUGCUCGCCGUCGGCCUCGGUACUUGCGUCUACCUCUGGUCCGCGUCCAACAGUAAGGUGACCAAGCUCUGCGAUCUGGGGCCGAGGGACACCAUCUGUGCCGUGCAUUGGUCACGAGAAGGAUCUUAUCUUGCCAUUGGCACCGGCCUUGGAGAUGUCCAGAUUUGGGACAGCUCCCGCUGUAAAAGGAUUAGGAACAUGGGAGGUCACCAAACACGGACUGGGGUAUUAGCAUGGAGCUCGUGCAUCUUGUCCUCCGGUAGCAGGGACAAGAACAUAUUGCAGCACGACAUCCGUGUUCCCAACGACUACAUCAGCAAGUUUUCUGGUCACAGAUCAGAGGUUUGUGGACUCAAAUGGUCACAUGACGACCGCGAGCUUGCUUCUGGUGGAAAUGACAACCAGCUACUAGUAUGGAACCAACGAUCGCAACAGCCAGUGUUGCGAUUGACUGAACAUACGGCUGCGGUUAAAGCAAUAGCGUGGUCACCACAUCAGCAAGGCCUCCUGGCAUCAGGAGGUGGAACAGCUGAUAGGUGUAUCAGGUUCUGGAACACAGCUAAUGGAAAUGUUCUGAACUCAAUUGACACAGGCAGCCAGGUUUGCAACCUUGCCUGGUGUAAAAAUGUGAAUGAGCUCGUGAGCACACAUGGGUAUUCCCAAAAUCAAAUCAUGGUGUGGAAAUAUCCGUCUAUGUCAAAGGUUGCAAAUCUAACCGGACAUACAAUGCGGGUGCUUUAUCUUGCAUCGUCGCCUGAUGGCCAGACCAUAGUAACAGGAGCGGGCGACGAAACUCUUAGAUUCUGGAACAUUUUCCCUUCAGUGAAGACGCAGACUCCUGUUCGUGAUAUUGGGCUCUGGUCAUUCUCAAGAAGCCUCAUCCGGUGAUCACAGGAGGCAAACAAACUACAUAUGUUUUUGUUGGAAAACAUAUUUUAUUUACAUGUGCAGUUUCAUGAGUGAUUUGUAAAUUGUGAGGACUGAUCAUUUAUUCAUUCGUUGUUGUUUGUGUGUGAGAAAGAGCGCAUUAACUUAACCAAUUCUUUGAAGUAGAAAAACUCAUAAGUCGGCUGAUGUAUCUGAUUUGACAGUUGACAUUACAGAGAAACAAGGGCCGUGUACCCUCACCAGCAUGUGUUUCAGACUUGAGAAUGAAUCAAACUUGGGAGGUCGUGUUUUUUGUU